CUGUGCUGAAUCAGGAUGACCAGCAGCGACUUUGUCACCAACAUGCAGUCCAGGAUGCAGAUGCAGAUGGAGAUUAGGGACGAGGACAAGCUGUACAGGUACAACGGGGUGUUGUACCCGCGAAUCUUGUGCCCCGAAGAAAGUUUUAAGGCUCUGGAGAACAUCGAGGCCAGAGAGGACGACGUCAUGCUGGUGGCUUACCCCAAAUGUGGUUUUAACUGGAUGGUGGGGGUGUUGAGGAAGAUCAUUGCAGAGGCGACAGGAAUGAAAAUUGAAUCCAACAUGCCACCGCUGAUCGAGUUUUUUGGACCGGACGUGGUAAAGGUCCUGGAUGAGACUCCCUCUCCGAGGUUACUGGGGACUCACCUGCUCCCCGACAACAUCCCCAAAUCCUUCAAUGCAAAGAAAACUAAAACGCUGGUGAUCUUCAGGAACCCUAAAGACACUCUGGUCUCCUCCUAUUAUUUCUAUGACAAAAUGCCAGUCCCAUCUUUGCCGUGGGAUACCUUCUACUCCAACUUCCUGAGUGGAGACAUUGUCUUUGGGUCGUACUUUGAUCAUGCUUUGGCCUGGGAGAAGAGGAUGGACGACCCCAACGUCAUGAUUGUCACCUAUGAAGAGCUCAAACAGGACCUGAGCGAGGGCGUGCGUCAGAUCUCCACCUUCUUCGGCUUCAGCUUGACGGAGGCUCAGGUGCAGCAGAUCGCAGAGGGGAGCACCUUCUCCGCCAUGAAGGAGAAAUACGCCAACAUGGUUACAGGAAACAACCUCUUCAGAAAAGGCGAGGUCGGGGACUGGAAGAACCACUUCACACCAGAACAGAGCCAAGAGAUGGACGACGCCUUCAACAAACACCUGGCAGGGACCAGGCUGGGAGACAAACUCAACUACCAGCUGUACUGUCAGUAGUAGUUCCCCUCUGUAAGAUCCUUUGACUCUGUCAUGGACCCAGCAGUCAAGGAACACAGGAACACAGCUUUAAAAAUAAUGGGUUUAUAUUCCCAAAAACAAAGAUUCAGCAAAGAAAAUAUAAAGGUCAGCAAACCAAUAAAAUGCUAAUAAAGUCAUUUUAAACCAAAUAAACUAAUGUCUUUUAUGUACUAUUAUGUGACUGCAAUUU